UUGUCCCCCUGCUCAAUCCACCAUAUGUGUCUGUUUCUUUACCUAUUUAUAAGGUGUUAGGUUACAGGGGUUGCAGGGAGUGGAGUCUCCCUGUUUCCCGUAAGCUGACAAGACAGGGCAUGUAAAGUCUAUGUGUUCAUGUGCGUGUGUUUAAUGACGUAGCAGCGGCUGAAUCUGGUUUGGCAGGAUUUCUGAGGAAAGGGCGAGAGACAAGCAGAGGGAGAAAGGAGCUGGAGGCUUGAAACUGCUUUUUCUUCUCACUACAUUUAACUUCUCUACUGCCUUGUUAAGCUUCUCCUGCUGGUGUCGACAUAUUGACUGUCUGAGUGAAGUUUCAGCACCGGAGCGCACUUGUAUCUGUCUCCCAGUGCAGCAGCAGGGAUGAACUGGUCGGGACUGGAGAGUCUGUUGAGUGGAGUCAAUAAAUACUCCACUGCGUUCGGGAGGAUUUGGCUUUCUAUGGUGUUUGUGUUCCGUGUGCUGGUCUUUGUGGUGGCAGCUCAGAGGGUGUGGGGCGACGAGAGCAAAGACUUUGUGUGUAAUACCCGCCAGCCCGGCUGUAACAACGUCUGCUAUGACCACCUCUUCCCCAUCUCCCACAUCCGUCUGUGGGCACUGCAGCUCAUCUUCGUCACCUGUCCGUCUCUGAUGGUGAUGGCUCAUGUUAAAUACCGUGAAGCAAAGGACUUGAAGUAUGUGGAGCUGCACCAGGGCUCCCACCUGUACGCCAACCCCGGUAAGAAGAGAGGGGGCCUGUGGUGGACGUAUCUGCUGAGUUUGGUCUUCAAAGCUGGAUUCGACACAUCUUUUCUCUAUAUUCUCUACCGGCUGUACCAUGGAUAUGACUUGCCCAGGUUGUCGAAAUGUUCCCUGGACCCGUGUCCUAACACUGUCGACUGCUUCAUCAGUCGUCCAACGGAGAAGAAGAUCUUCAUGCUGUUCAUGGUCGUAUCCAGCGCGCUGUGCAUCUUUAUGUGCGUCCUUGAGAUGAUUUAUCUCAUCGGCAAGCGAAUCGCCAAAGUGUUAAGGGUCAGACAUGAAAACGAGAGGGUCGUCUUUGCCGACCAACAUGAGCUCACCACCAUCGCUCCUCCCAGGUCCCAGUAUCGGAGGACUGAUCCAACGCUGGCAGAGAGCCAGCUGAGUUUAAACAGGAGGGAUAAGAUCAGAGAUGGUGGUAUAAGUACAGCACUGUAGGACCAGCGGGAUCACAACAUCGUGGGUUUGUGAUAAUGGGUGACCCAAAGGAAUACACAGUUACCUUAUAGGUAUUAAUACUGAUGAAGGUGUGGUUCCUAUGUAUUGUGAUCCUGUGAUCCAGCUGAACAUGAAACAUUCAUGACUCUCUCUGGGAAGGCUUGGCAUCAACGGCUGCUUAUGUGUUGUAUAACAAUGUAAAGAAGAGGACUGCUAGUGGUUGGAGAUCACAUUUCUAACUGUGUGCCCUAGAACUACAUGGAGAAACAUUCAAAUCAUGCUGCCUUUUACAGCACAGAUGAACUGAUGUGAUUGACAGGCAUUGUUUAUUAUCAAUAUCACUGUUAAAUAAAGGUUCUGCAUCGUUGUAAAUACUGCAAAUUACAGCACUCGGUAUCUUCCUCGCUGUUAAUAGCAUUAUUAAUUGUCAGACUGAGAAAAAGAUUGCCUCCGGUGCUCUGUGCAUUCAUAUUUCUUCUACUAACGGGACCAAAAUGAGGCUGGGAAUGUAAUGAGCCGGUGCCUCGCACAAAGUGUGGAGCUACACACCAAGAUUUAACUCCUCACCCUGUGACAGCUGCUCUAAAUCUAAAUCUGGAAGUUUCUUGGAGCUUUCUGAUCAGUGAAUUAAUGGGAGUAAGGUAAGGACAAGGUGCAGAAACAGAGAAGAGAUCUGAGAGGCCCACAUCUGCAGCAGAUUCUUUUGUGCAUGUAAGAGGAGUUUCAAUUGUUAGAAUUCCCAUUACAGUAAAGUUACUGAAUUUUCAUUGAAAGUGUACCUGUAGUUUGGAGUGAUGUUAAAGUAUGAGGUCAGUUCUGCUUUUCUGUUUGGUUGAAUGCCCACACUCACUUCUGUUUUGACUAAAAGUCAACUGGAAUGUCAUAAUGUGGUCCAAUAGUUUCUUUUAUAUCAGGCUGUUGUUUACUAUUAUCGUGAUAUAUUUAACUGCUUGUAAAAUAAAAAAUACUGAAUAUAAA